GAGAUGCAGAGGGCAAAUGAGGCAGCAGGGACUGGCUGCUGCGACGCACGGCCAUUUACAUACUUUUGCGCAAGCGUAACACAUGCAUUCACGUGCACGCGCGGACACUUACACUCCGGCUUAUACAUAAAGGAGAGCAAACAGUAGAACCCUUUCGAGAGCAUACGGCAAAAAAUGACAAGUAUGCGGGAUGCUGCGCUCCAUCCAAGAGUAGGCCGUUGCGCGGUUUUACGCAAAGUGGCACGUCCGAGCACAUCCAAAAAGACGCCGAGCCUUCCUGAGUUUAUCCUGCUCAUGUCAGUGAUGUUGCUCGUGCCGGUCCAGCCAGCAUCAGCUCAUCCUCAGUGUCUGGACUUUGAGCCACCUUUCAAACCUUCGUGGCACCUGGAGUUUUGCACUCAGUACGAGCAGUUCGGCUGCUGCGAUCAGAAAACGGACAACAUGAUCGCGGAGAGAUACUGGGACAUUAUUGACCAGUUGGAAGCGACGGGUCAUGAGCUCUGUGCAGACAUGUUGAAGGAAAUCAUGUGCCAGGAGUGCUCUCCAUAUGCAGCCCACCUCUAUGACGCUGAGGACCCGUACACACCCGUCAGAGAGCUACCUGGCCUUUGCUUUGGCUACUGCUCGGAGUUUCAUGGCAAAUGUCGUCAUGUGGUGAAAUAUUUAACUGGGAACCAGCUGCUGUGGGACACAUCUGGGCGAGACGUGUCCACAUUCUGCAGCAUGGUCGACUUGUCCGACCAGGACUACUGCUACCCCAACGUUUUGAAGAGCCCCGACCUGAACAGCAACCUGGGGCAGGUGGCGGAGGACCCCCGAGGGUGUCUCCAGGUGUGCCUCACAGAGGUGGCCAACAACCUCAGGAACCCCGUGUUGAUGCUUCACAGCGGCGACGGCACACAUCGCAUGUUCGUCGCCGAGCAGGUGGGCUUUGUGUGGGUUUACCUGCACGACGGCAGCCGGCUGGAGCAGCCCUUCCUGGACAUGAGCGGGGAGGUGAUGACCACGCCCUGGCUGGGGGAUGAGAGGGGCUUCCUGGGCAUGGCCUUCCACCCCAAGUACCGGGACAACGGACGCUUCUUCAUCUACUACUCCAUCCAGGUCAACAGUGAGCUGGAGAAAGUUAGAGUCAGUGAGAUGAAGGUGUCCGCCCACGAUAUGAACGUGGCUGAUCUUUACUCAGAGAGGGCUAUUCUAGAGAUCGAGGAGCCAGCCGCAAACCACAAUGGAGGCCAGCUGCUGUUUGGUCUCGAUGGAUAUCUGUACAUCUUCACUGGAGAUGGUGGAAAAGCUGGAGAUCCAUUUGGGAAGUAUGGCAACGCACAAAACAAGAGUGCUCUGUUGGGAAAAGUUCUCCGCAUUGAUGUAGAUGUAAGUGACACCAGAGGGAAGCAGUACAGGAUCCCCGCUGAUAACCCAUUCCUCCAUGAACAAGAUGCCCGGCCAGAGGUGUACGCAUAUGGGGUCAGAAACAUGUGGCGAUGCUCCGUGGACCGCGGGGACCCGGUCAGCCGAUAUGGCAGGGGCAGGAUAUUCUGUGGAGACGUGGGCCAAAACCGCUAUGAGGAAAUUGACGUUAUUGUGAAAGGAGGAAACUACGGAUGGAGAGCCAAAGAGGGCUUUGAAUGCUAUGAUGUGAAAAUGUGCCACAGCUCCACCUUGAAUGACAUCCUCCCUGUAUUUGCAUACAGCCAUCAUGUUGGGAAGUCUGUGACAGGGGGAUAUGUGUACAGAGGAUGUGAAUCCCCCAAUCUGAACGGACUGUACAUAUUUGGAGACUUUAUGAGUGGGCGAAUCAUGGCAUUAGAGGAAGAUAAGACAACAGGAAGCUGGAAGGAGAGGAGUGUGUGCAUGGGUGAAACCAAGACGUGCUCAUUUCCUGGACUCAUCAACCAUCACCACAAGUUCAUCAUCUCGUUUGCUGAAGAUGAAGCAGGGGAACUAUAUUUUCUAGCCACUGCGUACCCCAGUACCAUGUCUCCUUCUGGAACUAUUUUCAAAUUCAUGGACCCCUCCAGGAGAGCUCCUCCAGGGAAAUGUAAGCAGAAGCCGCUGUCUGUCAAAGUGAGGGGGAAAAAGAUUCCUUUUGUGCCCAGGGAACGGACUGUGCUGGACACAAAUGAAAAACCUACGAGACCACCACCAAGAAAAUUCAAACUCACCACCAAACCUACGACGACUGCAGCCAGUGCGACGACCACGACGACCAGCGCUGCUGUGAAGCCCAAAUGGAAAUCACUUGAUAAGAAAGCGAGGAAGACGAAUACGUUGCAACCAUGGAAGAAAAACAAAGUGCCGAACAAGCAGCCAGCUAAAGCACAGACAAAGAAGAACACUUUGAGACAGAAAUCCAAGGCACAAUCAAAAAAGACCACUGCGAAGAAGCCUUUCAAAGGCAAAGUAAAGCCAAAGACCAAUCAAACGUCCACAGCUGAUUUCAAAAGUAACACUCUAAAGAAACCCAACAGCCUGAAAGACAACACAAUCCACACAAGGAAGAUCCCCCCAAGGAAAGCUGCGCAGAAACCUAUCGGACACAAGAAAAACAGCAUAAAGUUGAAAGAAUCUGCAAAGCAAUAUCAUGCCUUCAUGAACAAAACUCAGACAAACCCUGCUCCGUCUCUCUUUCAGUGAAGGGGUCCUUGGCUUAAAAAACGUUGAAGACCCCUGCUUUAAAUGAUAUAGUCUGGUCUAGACCUGCUCUAUCUGUAAAGUGUCCUGAGAUAACUUCUGUUAGGAUUUGACUAUGAAUAACAUUGAUUUGAA